GUUAAACGCCGAAGAGACGCAUCAGUAUUAUGCGCCAUCUUAUUGUUUAAAAUUAUAAACCAUCCGCUUUUCAUCUCCACCAUCGUUUUCUGCUUCUUCCUUCUUAAAGCACGUAUCAUCUAGCUAUCCGCCAUGUCCGACACGGCCAUAGCCACGGAGGUGGUUGCUCAUGCUGCAGCUGGUGAGGGCGAAGGUGCCCGGAAACCCCAGGUCAACAUCGAUAUCGUGAGUGACGUGAUCUGACCCUGGUGUUGGGUGAUGAAACGGAGGCUCGAGCACGCCACGAACGUCUUGGAACAAAGAUUCUCGUUCCGCGUGCGCUGGGAACCGUUUCUCCUUCACCCACUCUGCCCGCGAGACGGCCUCCCAGUGGAGCAGCCAAUCGGCGGAGACUUAGCUUGUCCAAGGUAGUACCAGGUUUUCUUUGGGAGUUUCCUUAAUUAGUUGAGUUUGAGUAAUAAUAGAUAAUAAAAAAAAAAAAGUAGACAUUACUAGUCAUUAAUAUACUAAAGUAAAGGGUAAAGUACGUGUUAAGGAAUUUAAACAUUAUUAUUUUUCAAUGUUGAAAAAAAAUUGCACUUGGUUGAAAAGCAGGAUGCGAGAGGGCAGCUAAAGAAUUCUAAGUGCAAUUUAAAAAAAAUUGUUUUUCUGUUUUUACUGUUCUUAGAUCGCUGAUGAAGAAUUCCCGCCGACAAGUUCGUUGAUUUGUUGCGUUUAUUUUUGCAGGUUUUCCCAUACUUUGUUUCACUCAUUCCCUUUUUUUUUUUUUGCUAACCUGAUUGCAGUCUCUCCCCCUUAUUACCACUCCAUAAAUGAUGCCACAUUAUUUUUGGACCAUUAAAAAAAAAACCUCCCCUCCCCUCAGUGCCAGAUAAACCUAAAGGCAAAUAAGGCACUGCACAUCUUAAGGGCACCGAGUCAAGAAAUCUUAUUUUUACAAUUGAUUUGGUCUGGAAAGUAGUUUAAAUAACUUCACAAAACAACUAUUUUUUUUUUUUUUUAUUUAUUUUUUUUUUUAUUUUUAAAAAGGGGAGGUAAUAAAGAAGCAAGGGGAAUAACACGCAUCGAACAUUUUACUUCGGGUGGUUUGCACCGAGUCAAGAAAUCUUAUUUUUACAAUUGAUUUGGUCUGGAAAGUAGUUUAAAUAACUUCACAAAACAACUAUUUUUUUUUUUUUUAUUUAUUUUUUUUUUUAUUUUUAAAAAGGGGAGGUAAUAAAGAAGCAAGGGGAAUAACACGCAUCGAACAUUUUACUUCGGGUGGUUAUCAUUUAAAGGGGGGCUUAUGGGCGACUGACGUCAUGUGAUGACAUGAGAGAUGAGAGGGAACAAAAAACCAUUAGAGUUUGAAAAUAGCCAUCAAACGAGUUCAAUGUAUAACGUGAUACUUAAGUCUAAAACGAGAGAUUUGUAAGUGGAAAGUUCAAAUGGACUUGCACUACAGGAAACUCAUGGUAUUUGGAGAUAAACUCUCAGUUCAGGGAUUCAAAAAAAAAUAUUUUUUUUUUUAGCAAAACGUGAGUACACUUUCAAGUAGACUUAUCGGAAAUCAGCGAUUCUUUACACACUUCUUAAAUUUGAAGAUGUAAACGUCUUUCAUGGGUGUAUGAAUCGAGCCACUUUUGGAGACCCCUCUUCCCCCACCCCCUUGCCACUUUUCGACCAUUUAGUAUGAUUAGAUGUGCUUUAGGAAUUCCAACCAAUGCACAUCAGAUGUGCUUUAGGAAUCCCAACCAAUGCACAUCAGGUGUGCUUUAGGAAUUCAAACCAAUGCACAGCAGGCGUGCUUUAGGAAUUCCAACCAAUGCACAUCAGGUGUGUUUUAGGAAUUCCAACCAAUGCACAUCAGGUGUGCUUUAGGAAUCCCAACCAAUGCACAUCAUAUGUGCUUUAGGAAUUCCAACCAAUGCACAUCAGAUGUGCUUUAGGAAUUCCAACCAAUGCACAUCAGGCGUGCUUUAGGAAUUCCAACCAAUGCACAUCAGGCGUGCUUUAGGAAUUCCAACCAAUGCACAUCAGGUGUGCUUUAGGAAUUCCAACCAAUGCACAGCAGGCGUGCUUUAGGAAUCCCAACCAAUGCACAUCAUAUGUGCUUUAGGAAUUCCAACCAAUGCACAUCAGAUGUGCUUUAGGAACUCCAACCAAUGCACAGCAGGCGUGCUUUAGGAAUUCCAACCAAUGCACAUCAUGUGUGCUUUAGAAAUCCCAACCAAUGCACAUCAGACAAAAGCUAACAUUUCCCUCAUUCAUUGCCACACAAAUCUAGGGCUCAACACUUGAAAGAAACCGGGAAAAGCCUGGGCCUGGAGUUGAACUUCACGUGCCCCAUUUAUCCGUUCACCGUCCCCGCCCACGUCCUCUUGGAGUACGCCAAGCUGCACGGAGACGGCAGCAAACAGAACGAAGUGUCAGAGCGAUUGUUUAAGGUGAGCAAUAUUUGGGGCACUUGCCCACAGAACGAAGUGUCAGAGUGGCCAGGGUGAUUAUUAAAAGGUUGAGUUUCCAGGUCUCCACAUACAAUUUUGAGAAGUUUAUUUUUUGUUGUUGCUAUUUUAAAUCAGUUGAGCAUUUAUUCCAUUUUUUGGUUUGUUCUACGUUUUACUCACAACACCAUCUCUGGGGACGAGUCAUUCAAAUGUGAUGAGUGCCAAGAUGGAAGCUUUGAGAGUUCGUACAAGAUUAGUUACAAUUCAAAACUGCUUAUUUAAUAAAAAAAUAUUCAGAACGACGUAGGCUGAAACUUGAAUAACAAAGAAAUACGAUACAAUAAAAUGAACAUUUCGACUCAAAGCCUUUCUCUACAACAUUUAAAAAAACAACCAAAAAAAAAAACAACAAAAAAACAAAAAACAACUGACAUUGGCUCUUAGGUCUACAAAAAAUUCCCGAUUAAUUAAUAAUAGUUUCCACGACAGAGAUAAAUUACAUUAAACAAUGGCAGAGGGGAAUCACCGGUAGUCUAAGAAUGUUUGGUGUUGUUUUUAUAUAUUCCGCCCGGACCACCCACGCCCCCUUCCUAUGCCAGUGGGUGGAGAUGGUGUGUGGGUGACAUUGACUUAUCCGAAAGUGUGCAUGGUGUUGCAACAUGGAGAGGGCCUACAUAGAGUUUUGAAGUAUCUAUAUAAUUAUAAAGUAAACCAGAAUCAUUGUUUCGCCAUGACGAAGACAACCCGUGUGUGUGUGUGUGUGACUUGCAUUAAGACGAAUAAUUUUACGACAUUUCUGACCACGGAUUCAGCGGUAAUCAACUUGGUUACUUAAUCGUCCCGACGCAGGCAUAUUUCACAAAGGGCAGACCGCUGGAGGCCAAGCACUUGCUGAAAAUUGCUCAAGAUGUUGGCUUCAAUGUGACGGAAGUGAGGCGGUACCUGGCCAGCCCCGAGAACGAGGAGCGAAUCAAGCACAAGGCUGUCUCGUGGCGUAAGCAGGGUGUCAUGGGUAAGUUGGCCGAGGAGAUACUAGAAACUGAGUGUGUUUGUUUGGAGGGUGAGAGACUGCGCCCAUCGUGGGGACGGACAGGGGCCCGUAAGCCCAGGUUGGGGUGCACCAGUGUAGCAAGGGGGAGCAGCGACACCCAUGGUGGGAAUGGGCAUGGGACCAUAAGUCUAGGUUGGGGUGCACCAGUGUAGCAAGGGGGAAUGGCGACACCCAUGGUGGGAAUGGGCAUGGGACCAUAAGCCUAGGGUGGGGUGCACCAGUGUAGCAAAGGGGAGCAGCGACACCCAUGGUGGGAAUGGGCAUGGGACCAUAGGCCUAGGUUGGGGUGCACCAGUGUAGCAAAGGGGAGCAGCGUCACCCAUGGUGGGAAUGGACUUGGGACCAUAAGCCUAGGUUGGGGUGCACCAGUGUAGCAAGGGGCAGCAGCGUCACCCAUGGUGGGAAUCGUGGGAAUGGAUUUGGGGCCAUAAGCCAAGGUUGGGGUGCACCAGUGUAGCAAGGGGAGAUGGCGAAGGGAGGGGCCCUUUUAAAGGCAGCAACAACUAGCAACGGCAACAUAUACAAUUUUCUUGUUCAGAACCUAUAAUCUAGGGAAAUUUCUCUGACACAGACGCAGUAAUUCGAUAUCCAUGGGAUAUGUGGUUUUUAAGGGUUUGCAAAGCGAUGACCAGAGAGAUUUAUUUAUUGAGGGGCGGGGAGAGACGUUUGUGACGUAAUAUUUGAGGGGGUCUAACUUUGGUGACGAGUUGUGACGAUUUUGAAAAAAGGGUGUGGGGGGGGCGGGAUAAAAGCUGGCAAAAUUUGUGUAUCGUCAUUUAUGGAUGGCCCCCUUUGCCAAUGUUGGAUUAGAACUUUCUGAGUCAUAUUCCUGUAAAGCUUCAGCAGCGUACAAUCUAUAAUAUUUAAAUAAUGCCUAUUAUUUCGUAGCAGUAGCAGGCUGUUUUUUGUGUGUUUUUUUACGGUGGGCAAGAUGUCAUACUCUUUCGAAAUAUUUUCCCUAUUUCAAAAAUGUAUUAAAACAUUUCCUCAUUAUUUUAUAGAAUGGAAAAUGUAUCACUCUUUUGCUAAACUUUUCCUCGUUAAUGCAACUCAUUUGUUUAAAAAGCAUCUUUAGAUAUUAGAAAAUUGAUUUAGUAAACAGGUGAUACUCUUAUAUAUUCUCAACCUAUUUUCCUGCCAGCUAUUCCAUUUCUCUUCGUCAAUGGCCAGCCGUCGUGCUCAGGAGCCCAGGACAUUGACGUACUGAUACAAACCAUCACGAAGGCCGCACUCAAGUUUCCGUUGGGCGAAUCGACGGUGUAG